CCGCAGCCUCCAUUUUGUCGGUAGAGACAGAAGGAGGAAGUCGUCGGGACCCUGAGGUGGCCAGCAGCUGGGUCGUGGUGCUCGUGGGCUGUGUCCGUCCCGUGCCUCGUCUCUCCCUGGAAGGGGAGGGGGCCUCGUUGCCGGUAGGAGCCGCCGCCGCAGUCCCGAGCUUGAAGUCGCUAAGACUUCUCUCAUCCGUGUGUGCUGAGGAGACUCAGAUGUUGGCCUCAGCUCUUAGGCUGAACUCCGCAGAUUGGCCCAUGAGAACUUCUGCACUGAGACAAAGGAGAGGAUCUGAGAGAAACCAACAUCUAUUAUCCUGGGCUUGGCAACAAGGAAGAGGACAGGCAGUGGAAAUCCUGCAAUCUGAAAAGCAGACUGAAAGGUGACAAAGAAGCUGAAGAUGGGUGGUGGAGAGAGGUAUAACAUUCCAGCCCCUCAAUCUAGAAAUGUUAGUAAGAACCAACAACUUAAUAGACAGAAGACCAAGGAUCAAAAUUCCCAGAUGAAGAUGGUUCAUAAGAAAAAAGAAAGAGGACAUACUUAUAAUACAUCAGCAGCUGCAUGGCAGGCCAUGCAAAAUGGGGGGAAGAACAAAAACUUUCCAAAUAAUCAAAAUUGGAACUCCAACUUAUCAAGUCCCAGCUUGCUUUUUAAGUCUCAAACGAAUCAGAACUAUGCUGGAGCCAAAUUUAGUGAGCCACCAUCACCAAGUGUGCUUCCUAAACCACCAAGCCACUGGGUUCCUGUUUCCUUUAAUCCUUCUGAUAAGGAAAUAAUGACAUUUCAACUGAAAACCUUACUUAAGGUACAGGUAUAAAAUAAGAUAAAGUACUAAUGUUUAAACUGAGUAAUAUUUCAGGGUAGUUGACAAUUGUUUCACACCAAAUUCAAUACUCAGUAAUUAAUCUGUUAAACCCCACUAAUUAUUGUAGAAAAUACAGACUUCGUCUUGUUUUGUGUUGCUGUGCACUGUGAUGUAAUGGUAGUAUCAGUGCCACUUAAAAUAAUUAAGUUACUGAUAAUUGUACUUAUAUCAAGUGUUCUCAAUUGAGUAACUUUUAAGCAGAACUACUCAAGAUUAGAUUUGGAGAAUGUUAAAGGAAUCAACUUUUUAAACUCUUGCUUGUUGGGGGUAAAGUACUGAUUAAACCGAAUGGUGGUGAAUGUGGAAGGGGCAGUAGGAGCUAUUUAGAAUGAGACUGUAUCCUCCAUUGGCCCCAUUAUAUGCAGUGGAUAGGUGACUGCAACAAAUACGCCAAAACCAUUUUUUAUAGAAAGUUAUUUGGUGGUCACAGAGUAACUUUUAAAAUAACAUUUUUGCAUUAUAGCACUGCAUAGGCUAUUCUGAUAGUGAUUGGCCUCAAAUCAUCCCUGCAAAGCUUGCUUAAAGUAGGGAGUUAUAUAAUGUGAAAGUACCUAGGAAAGAAAGAGCCCUGUAAAUACAUGUAAUAUACUUGUAGCAUAUGUAAAGUUUUACCAUUCAUCUUAACGGAAAUAAGAGUAUUUUUAGUAUGAAUUCACUAAUGUAAGACCAUGGACUCUUUUUUACACUAUGGCCUAAUUUUAAAGGUCCAAAAUAAAGUUUGCCCUUGUGCUAAAGUGCCAGUAUAUGUAUAAUUGAUCUGGUUAUAAACUAUAUUUCAAAGUAAAUCAUAGUGUCACUGUUUUAUAUAACUGAAAAGGUUUUAAAGCUGCUAAAACACUUCCUAUUUGUAAAAGAUGUGAAAUGCAGUAUGGGACUAUUUUAAUUGUUAUUGUUAAGCGUAGCCCAGCUGGUGUGGCUCAGUGGUUGAGCAUUGACCCAGAGACCAGGUGGUCACCAGUAAGAUUCUGGGUGAUUCCAGUGGAGAGUGGACAGGAGGUGGCCGAUUGAUGUUUCCCUCUCUAAAAUCAAUAAAAACAUUAAAAUAAUUUGAUUGUCAGUGCCCUACUUUCUAAUUUGGCAGCUUUUUUUGGAUAUUUUCAGGCAGAAUGACCAAGUUAUAUUUCUCCAAAUAAAGGUGAGCUAAUGUUGCCCAACUCAUAUCCUAAAGGCAAGUUUAUGUUGUAUUUAAAUCUGCAUAUAUGAAUUUGGAACACAAAAUUAAAAAUAAAGCUUUUUCUACCCAG